AUGUUCGACGACUCUACCUCAAUGCUUGCGUUUAUCCUAGGUUUGCUUCUCCUAUCAUUAACAAUGAAGCGUAAAGAGACGAAGAAAACCAUGUUAAUGACUAGCCACACGAGAAACCUCUCUCUUCCUCCGGGGCCAAAAUCUUGGCCUUUAGUUGGAAACCUACCAGAAAUACUAGGGAGGAACAAACCGGUGUUCCGGUGGAUACAUUCAUUGAUGGAAGAACUCAACACCGAUAUUGCAUGUAUCCGUCUUGCGAAUACUCACGUGAUCCCCGUGACAUCCCCGAGAAUUGCAAGGGAGAUUCUGAAGAAGCAAGACUCCGUUUUCGCCAUUAGACCGCUAACAAUGGGGACGGAGUAUUGCAGCCGCGGGUACUUGACCAUUGCGGUGCAGUCACAAGGAGAGCAGUGGAAAAAGAUGAGGAGAGUGGUGGCAUCUCACGUGACAAGCAAGAAGAGCUUCAAAUUGAUGCUUGAAAAGAGAACCGAAGAGGCAGAUAACUUAGUCCGGUACAUCAAUAACCGCUGUGUCAAAAACCGUGGUAAUGGUAAUGGUCUUGCGGUUAUUGAUUUAAGAUUUGUGGUACGACAAUACAGCGGGAAUGUAGCUCGGAAGAUGAUGUUUGGUAUACGGCAUUUUGGUAAAGGAAGUGAAGAUGAAUCGGGACCAGGGUCCGAAGAGAUUGAACAUGUCGAAUCUUUGUUUACGGUUUUAACCCAUCUUUACGCCUUUGCAUUGUCGGAUUAUGUCCCGUGGUUAAGGUUCUUGGACUUGGAAGGCCAUGAGAAGGUUGUGGCUGACGCAAUGAGAAAUGUAAGUAAGUAUAACGAUCCUUUUGUCGAUGAAAGACUCAUGCAAUGGCGAAAUGGGAAGAUGAAAGAGCCUCAAGAUUUUCUCGACAUGUUUAUAAUGGCGAAAGACACCAACGGAAAGCCUACUCUAUCGGAAGAAGAGAUCAAAGCACAAGUGACGGAACUAAUGUUGGCUACAGUAGAUAAUCCGUCUAAUGCGGCGGAGUGGGCUAUGGCGGAGAUGAUUAACGAGCCGAGCAUCAUGCAAAAAGCUGUGGAGGAGAUCGAUAGGUCUAACCUACGUGAAAGCGUGUGUGAAGAGACAUUUCGGUUACAUCCGGUGGCGCCAUUCAACCUCCCUCACAUGUCCACUGCUGAUGCUGUGGUGGAUGGUUACUUCAUCCCCAAGGGAAGCCACAUGCUUAUUAGUCGUAUGGGGAUCGGGAGAAACCCUAAUGUGUGGGACAAGCCGCUUAAAUUUAACCCUGAGAGACAUUUAGGCAAUAACUCAUCCAUGACGUACAUGUUGCUGGCUCGGUUGAUUCAAGGGUUCACAUGGUCACCAGUGCCUGGUGAAAGUAAAAUUGAUAUUUCAGAAAGCAAGAGUGAUCUUUUUAUGGCAAAACCCUUACAUGCGGUUGCAACACCUCGUUUGGAUCCACAUGUGUAUCCAACCUGA